AAUAUUCAAUUAAAAUAAAUUAUCGGGAUAGGAAAAAAAAAUGAACAAUGAGCAAAGGUGUUCGUGCUACUGCUAACUGUAAAACCCUUUGUAGUUUUCCUAUCAAAGGCUUCCCACAACUUCUCAGGUUUUGGAAGAAAAUUUUCUGGGCACAUGGAAAGUUUGAAUCUUUUGAGUAUCUAAAUUUUCUCCAUAAAUUGACUUACAUAUCCCAAUUUUGAAGUUCAAAAUGGUGACUUGUGUGUCAACAAAUUUUGCACAUUCCAAUGCUAUAAAUUCAGCAGGGGUGUUUAAUGUUGUUAGAGGAAGAGAAUUUCCUAGGAGAGUUAAUUUCAUGAAAAUUUUUGAUAGAAAAAUUGGAUUUUUAGGUAGUGAGAGAAAGUUAAGCUUAGUUCAAGUUAAGUGUUCAAGUAAUUCCAAUAAUGGUAGUUCAUAUCAUAGCCAUGACCCUUUUUUACAUCUGCAUCCUGAGGUUUCGAUGCUUAGAGGUGAGGUGAGUAGCACCGUGAAUAUUCCGAGAAAGGGUAGUUCUAGUUUGGGUGAGGAUUUAUCCGAGAGCUUAGGGGAUAUAUCUAGUGAGAGUAAUUACAAUCAAGCGAAGAUUAAAGUUAUUGGUGUGGGAGGUGGUGGAUCUAACGCAGUGAAUCGUAUGAUAGAGAGUUCGAUGCAUGGCGUUGAGUUUUGGAUUGUUAAUACUGAUGUACAAGCUAUGAGGAUGUCGCCUGUGUUUCCUGAGAACCGGCUGCAAAUUGGUCUUGAGCUUACGCGAGGUCUUGGAGCUGGCGGUAACCCAGAGACUGGAAUGAAUGCUGCGAAAGAAAGUAGAGAAUCAAUUGAAGAGGCAGUUUAUGGAGCUGAUAUGGUCUUUGUUACAGCCGGAAUGGGUGGUGGAACCGGCACAGGAGGUGCUCCGAUCAUUGCUGGUGUUGCAAAGUCAAUGGGUAUACUGACUGUUGGUAUUGUCACCACCCCUUUUUCAUUUGAAGGACGAAAGAGAUCCAUUCAAGCACAAGAAGGAAUUACAGCUUUAAGAGAUAAUGUCGAUACUCUAAUAGUUAUUCCAAACGACAAGCUAUUAACUGCAGUUUCUCAAUCUACCCCUGUAACGGAAGCAUUCAAUCUUGCUGAUGAUAUUCUUCGACAGGGCGUUCGUGGCAUAUCUGAUAUUAUUACAAUCCCAGGGAUGGUAAAUGUAGAUUUUGCUGAUGUUCGAGCUAUAAUGGCAAAUGCUGGUUCUUCACUGAUGGGGAUAGGGACUGCAACUGGGAAAACAAGGGCAAGAGAUGCUGCAUUAAAUGCUAUUCAGUCUCCUUUACUAGAUAUUGGUAUUGAAAGGGCUACUGGAAUUGUAUGGAACAUAACUGGUGGGAGUGAUCUAACCUUGUAUGAGGUAAAUGCUGCUGCAGAAGUUAUCUACGAUCUCGUGGACCCUAGUGCUAAUUUGAUUUUUGGAGCAGUAAUAGAUCCUUCACUCACUGGUCAAGUAAGCAUAACAUUAAUUGCAACCGGAUUCAAGCGUCAAGAGGAAGAUGAAGAGAAGCCACUACAGACUAGUCAGCUCACUCAGGGAGAUACAACUAUCAAUUUCAAUCGGCGACCUUCCUCGUUCUCUGAUGAUGGUAGUUUGUUUGAGAUCCCCGAUUUCUUAAAGAAGAAAGGACGCUCACGCUAUCCAAGGGUUUAAUACUCUUCUUCCCAAUGCUCUGUGCAUUUCUUCGCCAAUGCAUCAUUUUUUACUUAGGGGUUAUAAAUAACAUUGGUCAAGGUGUUACUACUUCAAUGUCUUUCUCCUUUUUAGCUUUUAUUCAAGAGUUGUUCAUACAGUUUCAGUUUGUUCAUGUAGACUCUUGCAGAAUUGCAGCUUUUAUGCUUUCCUUGUUGACAUAUUUGAAUAAGUCAAUUACCUUGUAUUCUUGUAUAGGUAAUAUUUCUUAAUGCUUAGAGCUUGUUAUAAUU